GUAAUCCCUGCUCCCUCCCCGCCGCUAAACGCUCUCUCUCUCUCCCUUUCGCCCUCUCUCUCUCGCCCUCGCUCCCUGCGUUCAUUCCCGUUCAGUGGAACGUCUGAUGCUGUAGCUCCACUAGUCGCUCUCUUCGCUAACAGCAGUCAUGGCGACAGUGGUCCAACCGCUCACUCUGGAGCGAGACGUGGCAAGGGCCAUUGAGUUGCUGGAGAAGCUCCAGGAGUCUGGGGACGUCCCAGGCCACAAACUCCAGUCCCUGAAGAAGGUUCUGCAGAGUGAGUUCUGCACGGCCAUCAGAGAGGUGUAUCAGUAUAUGCAUGAAACAAUAACAGUGAAUGGCUGUCCAGAAUACCAAGCGCGAGCCACAGCAAAGGCGACAGUGGCAGCCUUUGCAGCGAGUGAAGGCCACUCCCACCCUCGGGUGGUGGAGCUGCCAAAGACCGAGGAGGGUCUGGGCUUCAACGUAAUGGGAGGCAAAGAGCAGAACUCACCCAUCUAUAUCUCCCGCAUCAUCCCCGGGGGUGUUGCCGAGCGACACGGGGGACUGAAGAGAGGGGACCAGCUGCUGUCUGUCAACGGAGUGAGUGUGGAGGGUGAGCACCACGAGAAGGCGGUGGAGCUGCUGAAGGCGGCCAAGGACAGCGUGAAGCUGGUGGUGCGCUACACGCCCAAGGUGCUGGAGGAGAUGGAGGCGCGCUUCGAGAAGCUGCGCACCGCCCGUCGGCGGCAGCAGCAGCAGAUGCUCAUCCAGCAGCAGCAGCAGCAGAAUCUCUCCGCCCAACAGAACCACAUGUCGUAGGUUGUUCCAGAAGAAGAAGUAGAGUUAAAACCUACGGCAACGGCAUCUUCAAGGGCCCAGUCACCUGACCAUCAGGGGGGACACAAACCCAACUCAACCCAAUGGACUGAACAGUGCUUUUUGGCCAAUGAAGACUUUUGCCCUCAUCUCAGUAUACCCUACCGACAGAUAUUCUUGAAGUGAAAAAAUAAAUAAAUCUGUGGCUUGUGUCCUCCAAUGUUA